AUGCAAACGAACAAGUCUCCCAUCAAAGAACCGAAAACACCUCAAUUGCUAGAUAUACCGAAAAUGGUUGACGAAGAUAAGCAUCAAAGCACCCCUGCAGAAGCUACACGCUCAAAACAGGGUGCGAAGCAAAAAAAGACCAAAGAUUUUUCGGCCGCAAAAUUUAUUGCGGAAAGUGACAGUCUAAUAAGAUACUGCACUAGGUUUUCCGCAGCCCCUAUCCAAGACAAUUCAGAAUCAGUUCUGGAAGUAAAAACCCAAAGUCUUGAUAAUUUUUGGACACGUCUCCAAUCGGCUUACGACGCCAUAAUUGAAACUGAGGAUUCAGAUUUACCUGAAAAUUUUAAAUCCUCGGCUUACGCCAAAUAUGAAAAUUGCUUAGACCAAUACGAAGAAACAAAGGCUAUGAUUUCCGAUCAACUAAAAUUAAUAAAGCCAUUAAAUGCACCUACUCCACCCCCGAGAGUAGAGCUGCCCCAGAUACAAAUCCAAGAAGCAAGUUCAGGCAUACAUCUUAAAGUGCCAGCAUGUGAUACAGAAAAAAAACUUACAACAAAAGUAAGAGUUGUAUUCAAUGCCUCGAAAUGCACAAGCUCAGGCAAUUCAUUAAAUGACGUAUUAUAUACGGGACCCACACUACAACCUGAUUUAAUGCUCCUAAUACUAAAUUGGCGCAUGUUUAAAUACGUUUUCAAUGGGGAUGUCGAAAAAAUGUACAGACAAAUCCUUGUGCAUAAAAACGACCAAGAUUUUCAGCGCAUUAUAUUUCGCAAUUCACCUAGUAGUCCAAUACGCGACUACAAAUUAAAAACGGUGACAUUUGGCGUAAAUUGCGCCCCCUUUCUUGCCAUUCGAACACUUCACGAAUUGGCAAACGAUAUAAAAGAAAAAUUGCCUCUAGCAACCCCGGUGUUAAAAACACAAACUUAUGUGGACGAUAUCCUGUCGGGAAGCCACAGCUUACCCCAAGCAUGUGAAUCACUAUCUCAAGUGAUCCAAGCCCUCAACUCCGCAGGGUUCCCCUUAAAAAAGAUAACGGCCAACCACCCCGAAAUAUUAAAAAAUAUAAAUAAAGAUCACAUAUUAGACACAAACUUCCUCAUCUUUGAAAAAGAAAGUACCACCAAAACUCUGGGAAUACGAUGGAAUGCGAUAUCAGAUCAAUUCUCAUACACUCUUGAGUCAAUAUCUGCAAUAUCCGCAAAAACCAAAAGGCAAAUCCUGUCGUCUGUGGCAAAACUUUUUGACCCCGCAGGAUGGCUUGCACCAAUUAUGAUCCAAGCAAAGAUACUCAUUCAAGAAUUGUGGCUAGACGGAACAGAUUGGGACGAACAAGUUAAACCACUAAGCUUGAUAAAAUGGUCCCAAUUUGCCAACAAUCUGAACACUAUUUCGGAAAUACAAAUCCCUCGAUGGGUAAACUACUCUCCCGAACAUCAAGUCGAACUUCACGGCUUCUGCGACGCCUCUGAAAAGGCAUACUGCGCUACUAUAUACGUGCGCACACAACAAGAUAGCAAAACAACAAGCCACUUGCUAGUCGCAAAAGGCAAAGUGGCUCCGCUAAAGACCGUAAGCCUACCACGACUUGAGCUAUGCGGGGCGCUCCUCCUUGCAAAACUAGCCUCCACCGUUCAAACCCACUUAAGCCUGAACAAUCGCAAAUUACAUCUAUGGACUGACUCUGGAAUAGUUUUAGCUUGGUUAGAAAAACCACCCCAUAUGUGGAAGACAUAUGUGUCAAACCGCACAGCCCAAAUAAUUGACUUAGUUGGGCCAGCAACUUGGCGACAUGUAGCCAGUGCUGACAACCCAGCCGAUCUUGGCACAAGAGGUUGCAAACCCCUGCAUCUCGCCACCACCUCACUCUGGUGGAACGGCCCCAGCUGGCUAACAGAAUCACAAGAAUUCUGGCCACAAUCCCCGAUACGCAACAUAAUACCCCCCGAAAGUCGAAAAAUUGAAAGCUUUCAUGCCGUAUUGAAUGAUACUGACAUACUGGAGCGAUUUUCAUCGUUCCCCCGAGCCCUCAGAGUAAUAGCUUAUAUGUUUCAGUUCAUAACUCGCCUCAAAAAUGAAGUAAAAGGAGCGCCUAACCCCCCGCAUCAUGCACUAACACACCAAGAUCUGCAACGGGCUAAAAUGACUCUGAUUAUGUCUACUCAGACCCGCUAUUAUGACCGGGAAAUAGCACUUUUGAUGGUAUCAAAGCCAAUAGAUAAAAAGAGCCCACUCUUAGCUCUUAAUCCCUUCCUAGACUCGAAGGGACUGCUACGCGCCAAUGGACGUCUGGCAAACUCCUGUUUGAGUUAUAACGAGCGGCACCCAAUAAUAAUACCCGAAAAAUCCCCAUUCGCCACACU